GUUGUCUAUGAAAGUACAACGUAGCAUCGAUGGUUGAUGGUCCUUGAGAGCUAAUCAGUCUGCCGUUGCGGUAUCUCUUCACCUCCUGAUGCAAUAGCUGGAUCACGCCUGGAUUUGUAGGGGCUGUCUAGGAAGGUGCACACCUGUGCAACCUCGGGAUGGCAUCACUGACCUUAGAAUAUACCUGAAAUGCAGAGUUCCGCUCAUCAAAGCCAACAGUCUCGGCAGCAGUCUUGUUCACAUUCAUCAAAGGCGCUUUGUCUUCAACCUCGUUGAUGAGUCGGAUCCCAGGUGACUCAUUUGAAACCUUGGUACCACCUUGGUGCCUGUACCGCCGCAACCACCUCAAGAUACGUUCCACGACACCUAGUCGUCGAUUUGGACCCUAGAAGUAUCCUGGGCAGUACAAAGAUCUUGCCUUGUUGACGCGAAACACCACACUCACCUAGCAGAACUCCCCAAACAUCAUUGAGUAUGGGAGGCCAGGCUUUCGCGCAUAUCGUCUCGGACACGCCGAUCAAUGUCCCUCGGAUGUUACCAGACACCUACAAUCAGGUAGCUAGCGACGUUAAGCUGAAGCUGGAAACACUCUUCCGCCAUGUUACAAUACCUCGAGACGCCCCCGGAAAGAGCGACUUCGGUGACAUUGACCUCCUCGUCGAGGGCAUACGCGACCCGAUAAACAACAAGGAUAUUUGGGCCACGGUGAAGGACGUGUUGGGCGCUGAGCUUUAUGUCUCCCCUCAUCAUUUCGGAAUCAAGCACCCUACAAUUCCAGACGCUUACGUGCAGGUGGACGUCGAGCUUUCGCCAGGCAACGAUACAAAAGAUGGCGAGGAGUUGUUUGAGUGGACGACUUUCAUGAAGAGCGAUUCAGAUCUCUUGCAGAUAAUUGGAGUCGUUCAUCGCUCGCUCGGCAUCACGUGUAAUGACAAAGGUAUGCACAUUCGUGUUGAGGAGGUAGAGCCGUACAAUCGGAAGAAGAGUAUGGUGUUCCUUACACGAGACCCGGAUCAGGCGAUGGACUUCUACGGCUACGACAAGGCCAAGUACUACCAGGGCUUCGACAGCGAGACUGAGUUGUUCGACUGGGCUACCAACGGACGUUACUUCCACUGGAAAGUCUACCAAGACUGCGAAGAAAACUCAAACGAUCGAUCCCGUAUCAACAAGCGCGCUAUGUUCCGUCGUUUUGUGUACAAAUACAUGCCGUCUUGUGGAAACGGCACAAAGACGUCUUCACACACAGAGGAUGAUGAAUCUGAUACGAAGAAGGCUGCCCCGUCUCGGCAAGAGGUUCUUCAAGACGCCUUGCUCAUGUUCGGCAGGCACAAAGAGUAUAACGCGAUCAUCUCAGAGCACAAAACGCAAGGCGUGGAAGAGGCGAUCUGGUUGCAGAUCAAUAAUUCGAUCUCAUCUGACAAUGCGGCUCGGGGAACAAUCUUGAAAGGCCUCAAGAGGUGGGUGGCUUUCAAGGAUGGUCAUCCAUACGUCACCGAGCAGCCGAUUUCGACAAGCACGAAGCUGAAGUGGUCCGAACACGUUUCGAACGAUGCACUGCCGGAGAUUUCUUCAUGGAUUGCGGAGAACCAGGAGCAGAUUGGCAAGCUGGAGGAAGAACGCGCCAACGAGGCGAGAAAGGCGGGCAUGAAAAAAUAAGGUGCAACACUGCGACGACAACAAUCAUAAAAGUACGCCUUGGCAUGAUGAUAGCUCAUCACCUAAGAGAGUGUACUCGACGGGGUUUGACGCACCAGUGACGGGAUACAAUGUUGGGAGCUCGUACUGACAGGCAUUCCGGAGAGCUAAGGUCGUACACAAGGUGCUUUUUGGUAUAUUCUGUAUCCCUGAAGGGGCGCGAAUAUGCAUUUUCAGUUUUCUGGCCGCGAUGACAUUGCCUUGCAUUGCAGGAGUUAUUUCGAUAGUCGCUAGACUCGCUUGUCUUCUACAUGGU